UUAUAUCAGUCUUAGCGUCUUACUUUCAUAUUUGCUGUAAGUGUUAGUAUUGAGACUAAACGGAAGCCCUGCUGAACAGUGCACACUUUAAUAAGCUGUAUGCAUCCUUGUCAUAUACAUACAAAUUCAGGUGACAGUAUUAUUUUACAUUAGAUUAAUCUAUAUGUGUGCAAAAGCUAUACAGAUGCACAAAUCACAUGUAACGAUAGUAAUGUUACUAUCCUGUAUCUUAAAAAGACAAAGGUCUUAACAUCCUUCUGAGAAGGUUAACAUUUUCACACCACAUUCACACCCUGAAACGGUUCAGACACCGGCAGACGUUGCACAUAAACCUGUUGCAUCAUUACUUCUGCAGCAGACUGAGGAGACAGCCGACAGUGUGAAAUGAAGUUCCCUGUUGGGGUCUCGCUUCUUUUAGUGUCAGUGACACAUGCUGCUACUUGUGGUCUCAGAAGACGGCAACCGGUCGUGCGUUACGUCGCUGAAGGGAAACCGCUGCUUCUGCAUGUGAACGUUGACUUCAGCAUCCGCAGAUGGAACCUGGUGAAGGAUAAUGUAGUUAUUGCUAAGGAUUCACCUAAAGAAACUCCAUGGACUCUUUUGAAUAAAAUAUUAAAGAAGAACAAAGUUUUUAAGAAUGAUUCCGGAAUUUACUCUUUGAAUGUUUAUGCUGUAAAAAUAUGGCACUCAAUUAAAAUACAACUGAAUGUUGAAGCUGGUGACCUGCGCCUCUCUUCCUCAGCUCCAGUGUGGAACGUGACGCUCUCCCAGCUCUGUCUGCCGCACAGAGAGAUGAGGGUGACCUGCUCCUCACAGGGAGACGCCAAGGAAUUCAGCUGGACCCUGGGGAACCAGAAACUGGACAGAACUGUAUCUUCCCUGGUCUAUCAGGAUAACAGCAUCAUACUGAAGGAGAACGUGCAGGGCAAUCUCACAUGUUCAGUUAGGAACCAUGUCAGCCACGGCACUGUCACACGCGAACUCAUCCCCUGUCCAGGACUUGGGGAACGUUUGACCUGCAGGUUCCAUGAAGGGACAGAGGUCUUAGUUAGGAGGAACUCCUCAGAAUCCCAGCCUGCACUGAGCAACGUGGAGAUACUCGUCAGUUUUGAUAAGGAGGAGACUUUAGCUAUAGUUUGCUACAGCCACCAUCCUCACCACAUUCAGUAUCUCUGGGAUCUUGGAAUAGUCCUCCUACUUUUUUCCGUGUUGGUGGGACUGCAGUGUCUCUGCUCAAAGGUGAAAAGGUCUGGCACAACAGACGUUAAGAUGGAGGACGAACUGAUUUACGCCCAGGUUAGGAUUCACGAGAAGAAGAGCAAUCAGAGAAAGAAGACAGUGACACCGGACGCCUGGACAGUGGAGUACGGGGCCGUCGCUGUUCCUGAACUGAGUGACGAAAUGGGGGCCACUUUAUACAGCGUCGUCCAGGCCAGCGACCAGCUGAUGCCGCAACAGCCUCUCGAAGAAAACAGGGAUUUUCAAAACCUGCGCUAGAAUUGUCAGCGAUAUUUCUGAACCUAGAUUUCUAGAAUCAGCCAUAAUCCAUCCAUCCAUCCAUUUUCCAACUCGGUCGCGGGGGGUCCGGAGCCUAUCCCAGAAGCAAUGGGCACGAGGCAGGGAACAACCCUUAAUGGGGGGCCAGCCCAUCGCAGGGCACACUCACACACACAUGCACACCUACGGGCAAUAUAGCAAGUCCAAUUAGCCUCAGCAUGUUUUUGGACUGUGGGGGGAAACCGGAGUACCCGGAGGAAACCCCACGACGACAUGGGGAGAACAUGCAAACUCCACACACAUGUGACCUAGGCGGAGACUCGAACCCGGGUCCCAGAGGUGUGAGGCAACAGUGCUAACCACUGCACCACCAUGCCGCCCCGAAUCAGCCAUAAUCUACACUAUAUUAGGGUUUGCUGACUUCCUGACAUACACAGGACAUUUUACAUUGCAAAGAAAUUGUGCAAACUGGUAAAGUAGCCUGGGGGGGGGGGGGGACAGCAUGUACAAGCGGGUCCAUCAGCAAAUUUAUUUUUUUUCAAAUGUGAACAGAAAUGAAAUAUUUCAAAUAUGGACGUGGUGAACGGAGGUCCCUGAUAAAUUUUACCAGCCCAAAAACCUACUGGCGCACCAGAAAAAUGCUCAGUAUGCAAGCUGCCCAGUUCAGGCCUGUAUAUAGUUUAUUUUCUUAAUCGUAAGCUUUUCUCGGUAGUUACCAUCUGGCUCCAUAUAAACCACACUCUUGCAUGCGUUGCACAGCCACCUCGCUGGUCUGCAGUCUGUUAGCAGAAGAGACGUUUUCAUUUACUAUACAUGCACCAGAGGUAGGGCUGGGCGAUAAGGCAAAUUAUUUUAUCACGAGAAUUUUUUUCCAUUUUCUACUUUUUCAAUAAUUAUCACGACAUAAUUUCAGUCAUUGUUUCUUUACUUUAAGGCUUCAUAUUUGCGUAAAAUUCCCUUAGGAUUGCCCUCAAAUAGAUUCAUAACGAAUUUCAUGGACUGCAAACUUAAAACUCAUUUUAAUAAAUGAAUCAUAUAAAAAUAUUAUAUUUGGCUCUUGGAGGGUGAAACACUAGCAAACACCAGCGUACAGUUUGUUGUUGGGUUUUAUCUCUGCCCAUUCCAGGGGACGGGUUCGAUAUUACUGGCAAAGUUGCCAGCCCAUAAUGAAAAAUAAAACGCCUUGUGCCAUUUUUAAGUAAUACAGGACGUGACUUGUCCGUUAUUACUUCAGACUGAAAGUGGAAAGCCUAAUCUGUGACAGUAAGCAUUUUCACUCUGUUUGUCGUACUGGACGGCACUGCUUCAGGGCGUGAAUUAAGCCUGCUGUGUUUCUGGUUUCCACGGGCUUUUGGCCGAGGUUUCGCUACGCAGCACCAGUCUGCCUCGCGUUGCAGUUUAAAGGGCCAACAUACUUCCGCACCACCAACGUCUUUUUACCACAAUAUCGCAUUUUUCAAAAUCUGUCAUGGCCGCCGAGCUGUUUACCAGCAGACGACGUGUCCUCUGAGGGUGUGCUUGUCUGUUCCAUGAUAUUACCGAGACAGCAGCAUGUCCCAUCCUUUGUUUGGAUUCGGUCAGUGUUUCUCAAACCAGUCCUCGGGGGGGG